GCCAUGGCUAACUUGUUCUUCUUUCUCUCUUAUCUAUUGAUCCUAGCAGCCACACAGCCGACGGAUGCCGUGACAUACGUUGUCAACAACAAGGCUGCAACAUCUCCCGGCGGUGUCCGCUUCACAACCGAAAUUGGCGCCGAGUACAGCAAGCAAACGCUGGCGUCCGCCACAAGCUUCAUAUGGAGGAUCUUCCAGCAGAGCUCUCCGGCCGAGAGGAAGAGCCCACUGCCGCAGCGCGUGACCCUGUUCGUCGAUGACAUGGACGGUGUCGCCUAUUCCGUCAACAAUGAAAUUCACCUCAGCGCCAAGUACAUUGGAGGUUACUCCGGCAACGUGAAGAGGGAGGUGACAGGAGUUUUGUACCACGAGAUGACUCACAUUUGGCAGUGGGACGGGAAGGGGCAGGCACCGGGAGGGUUGGUGGAAGGAAUAGCAGAUUUUGUGAGACUGAAGGCUGGGUAUGCCCCGAGCCAUUGGGUGAAAGCCGGGCAGGGAGACAGAUGGGACCAGGGCUACGACGUUACAGCCCAGUUUCUGGCUUACUGCGAUGGCUUGAGAAGCGGGUUUGUGGCGAAACUUAACAAGAAGAUGAAGAGUGGGUACAGUGCCAGCUACUUUGUUGAGCUGCUUGGGAAGACCGUUGAUCAGCUGUGGAGCGACUACAAGGCCAAGUAUAAGAAGUAGGCAAUAUAUGCAUGCGGAUGUUAAAUUAUAGAAUAAUGAAGCAGUACGUCUUGGUAUGUUUAUGGGUUUUUUAUAUAGGCCGAAUAGACUAAUAUAUCUUGAACUUAUGGUCAAUUUUUAAUUUUAUCCAAUUUUAACCUUUACUUCAA